AUGAAAUACUUUAUCGUAGCAGCCUUUGGCGCCCUGACGCUCGUUUCCGCCCUGCCGACCACGGGGUUCGGCGUGUCGGCAGAAUCGUCCCUCAACAGCCGCGACACCAGCUCGAGCCCUGUACUAGGAGACAGCGACGCCGGCUUGGACGCCGAUUUCCACCACCGCGGCGGAGUCGGCCCUGCCGUUGCCCAUCCCGCCCUCUCGAAGCGUGGUAAUAGUCAAAGCAAACACCGAAACCUGUACGACUUUGGCUUCGUUGGCAGCCAGGAAGUAAAGGAUGCCAUGCGAAAAGUACAGAAGGCCGCCCAGGAAAGGGGAGAGCGUGGCCGGAUCCUUACGCAUUACUUUUACCCGGGCCAACUUGGCUGGAGCACGAUCCUGGAGGAUGCGAAGGUGAAGGGGGCUAUAAAACAGAAAAAAGACGCCGCUCCUGGCUACGUCAAGGUGGAUCAAUGGGAUGGCAACCAGGGUCACCUGGUGGUGUGGUACAAUUGA